GGCUGGUGGAUUUGGUCAGGGGGUUUUGAAUGAAUUGACUUAUCCAGUUUCUGCUAAGUGUGUUGAUUUGAAUGUUAACAACUUAAGUAAGGGUGAAGGUUGUGCGGUUCCUAUUGAUGAUGAUAGAAGAUGUGUGACUUUCGAUUUGCCUGAAGGAGUAUUAACUGAUUCUGAGAUCAAAAGUGUUGCAACUGAUGUAUGUUUUUUUUUCUUUAAUAAAACAUUUGUUCUUGGUCUCAUAUAAUUGUUUGUUAAUGUGUAGGAUUUGCAUGAAGCGUUUCUUUAUAUGAAAAGGAACAAGGAGCUGUUUUCAUCUGUGAAUUCCAAUUGUUUUAGUUCUUUGCAACGGUUGGUGCAUAGUCGUUUUGUUGAACAUUCUGUUUCUUUGGAUGCUGAUUCUAUUGAGUUGUCUCAAACACAACAACUUUUAUCUAACCUGCAUUAUCAUAAGCUUAUUGAUGGCUUAAUUGAUGAGUUUAUAAAAAUGAAGUCAGUGGAUGAGUUACUUAAAGUUGAUGCAAGUACUUCAUCAAAGUCUACCCUACAAGAUGGUGGAGAUGGUGGAGGUGGUGGAGAUGGUGGUGGUGGAGAUGGUGGUGGCAGAGGUGGUUCAGUCAGAAGAACGAAUAAAAGUUUGUGUUCUUUGGACUGUGGUGAAAUUGGUGGUCAGAGUGUAGUGUUUGUUACGCCAUUUAUGAAAAGUAAUUCUCGUGCUUUUAGUGAAAAAUUACCUCGAUUAUAUUUAGAAGCUCUUGAUUAUUGUCUGGUGGAACACUUAUUUAAUAAUAAUGAGAAUCUUGUUACUUAUGGAUUGCAUUUUCUCAUUCCAAGAGAGGAUAUGGUGUCUUUGGUGCAUCCUAAUUUGGUUCGUUGGUCAGUAGUUGAUUGCUACUGCAUUUAUCUAAAUGAAUCAUGUUUUUAUGAUACUUGUGGUCCUAAAAUAUUCUUUUUUGGUGCGAGGCAAAGUGUAAGCAACUUUCUGUUUUGAGUUAUUUGUUUUCUUACUCUUUUCAAUUAUUUAUUUUUUCCUUUUAGUUUGCUUUUUUGCAAGUAUCAGAGGGGAACGAAGAUAGUUCUGCUAGUUCUGUUGUCUCGGAUUUGCAUGAAAUUUGGGAUGAAUGGGUUACAUAUGAAAAUUCUUGUUGUGAUGUUAUUGGUGCAGACUUGGUAUAUAUCUUAAUUUUUAAUAUAUAUUAACUGUGUGAUGGAUGUGCUUUAUGCUAACUUUUGUUCUAUUUUUUUUCAGGUUUAUUUUCCUAUUCUUGUUGAUGAACAUUAUGUGAUGUUUGUGAUUGAUCAUGGCAAUGAAUUGGUUAUGUUGAUAAUAUCAUUUGGAGUCAUGACAUGAUUACAUAUUUUCAAAAUUUGACUUUUUAUCUGGUAUGUUAUUGUCUAUUUUAAAGUAUGUUUCUAUAUUAAUCUUAUUUUUUUGUUGUUUUUAAUAUUCUGUUUUUUUUCAGUGUUCUGAAUUUGGUGAUUUUCUUGCACGAAGAAAUCAUCCAAAGAGUGAAAAAGUCCCUUUUUACAAGUUUAAAAUUGCUGAUUUAGUGUGGCGGAAGAGUAAGGUUGAUAAUAAUGAUUGUGGUGUGUAUAUGAUGUGUCAUAUGGAGCAUUUUGUUGGUGAUACAUCGUUUUCUGUAGAUGAACUUAGAACAGUGAGUGAUCUUGAAACUGAUUCGAAUUAAUUCAUUUGUUAUGUUUAUUCUAAUGUUUUAUACAUAUUAAUGCGCCUUUUUAUUUUCUUGUUGUGAGGCUGCUAGGAGGAAAUUUUGACGUGCUAAGAUUUGUGCAAAACUCGUGUUGUCUGACAUGAACGAAUCAAGAUCUGAUGUCUUAGCAGAAGUUGAAAAAUUUAAUGAGAAGAAGAGCGAUCUUGCAUAUGUUGCUGAAAUUGAAGGAAGGAGGAAGGCUGCAGCAGCGGAGAAGAAAAAGAAGAAAUCUGAAACUGCUCCUCCUACUGUUGACACUGCUCCGAAAUCAAAACGAACUACAAAGGCUACACGGAAGUACACUCCUUCUAAAUCUUAGCUAAUUUUGGAAGUUGUUAUUAGUUAAGUACUUUUGGAAGUUGUAAUUAGUUAAGUACUUUUGGAAGUUGAAACUAGUGAUAAAUAUCGACACUUAAACUAGUGUUAAUAUUUUCAAAAUGUUUGUACA